UGCCGCUCUCAAGCGUGCAUGCACCAGCAGCGGCGACGGUGGCCGAGUGAGCACGUUCGUCGCCGUGAGCGCCCACGUGUGGCGGUCCAUGUGCGCCGCGCGCCGGCUGCCACCGGACGCCACGACGCGGCUCACCUUCCCGGCCAACGUCCGGCGCCUCCUGAGGCCGCCGCUGCCGGCCCGCUACUUCGGGAACGCGAUCAUCACCCUGGGCACCGCCGGCAAGGUCCGGGACAUAGGGUCGGAGGAGCUGGCCUCCGUGGCCGGCCGGAUCAAUGGCGCCGUCCGCCGAAUGGACGACGAGCUCGUGCGCUCGGCGAUCGACUACUUGGAGAUGAACGGCGGCAAGCAGCCGGCCGGCACCCUGCCGGAGACGGAGCUGAGGGUGUUCAGCUGGCUGGGCAUGCCGAUGUACGACGCGGAUUUCGGGUGGGGGAAGCCGCUCGCGAUGCACCGCGCGUUGGAGGAGCGCGACGGCCUCAGCGGCGGCGUGCGCAUACCAGCUGAUAGGCUUUCGCUAUGCCAUAGCAUUCCUGGAGUCCCAAAUCUUCCAGAGAACAAUGAGCAGGAUGGAGUGCCAUAUGGUCAUGUCUACCUGUGA